AUGAAUUCAAAAACGAAGGAUGCACAAGAAAAAUUCGAAGUUGAUGGAGUUGUAACAGAGUGUCUUCCAGAUGCAAUGUUUCAGGUUGAGCUCGAAAACGGGUUUACUGUUUUAGCGCACAUUUCUGGAAAAAUCCGUCGAAAUUCUAUUCGAAUUCUUCUUGGUGAUCGUGUGACCGUUGAAUUGACCCCGUAUGAUUUAACAAAAGGGCGUAUCAUUUAUCGAUUACGUAAAAAUGAUCCUUCUCGUUUCUAA